AUGGCUUCCUGCCUGGUGCCCGACUUCCCCGCCGUUAUGAUGGCUCUGGAGCAUUUGAGGGAGCUGGACAAGCACCUGAGCGAGGAGGGGGUCCCCUUCGCCCCCGAGGCCAGCCUCCACCUGGCGGAGCUAACGGCUAACGUGUCGGGCCUCGAGGCGGAGCGGCGCGCCGCGCGCGAGCACCUGGAGGUGGCGACCAUCGAAAACAGCAAGCUGAGGCACCGCUUCAACGACACGCGCGCGCGCGUGACCGAGGAGAUCAUGGCCGACGUGGCCGCGGUCCGGGCGUCCAACGCCGAGGAGAUAGAGCGGCUCCGCGGGGACAUAGGCGCCGCCUGCCGGCUCCAGGAGGAGACCGAGGAGAGGGUGGAGGCCCUCCUGGUCCACAACCAGACGCUCCGGCCCGAGAGGGAGAAGCUCAAGGCCGAGGAGGACGCCGCCGUGGCCACUCUGAAUGACCAGCUCAACCUGAAGUACAGCCUGCAGAUGCAGCUGGAGGAGACGCAGGCGCUCAUAGAGGAGCUGAGGUCCUCCAUGGCCGCUGUCCAGCAGGAAAAAGUCAACCUGAAGGAGACCAUGGCGCGGGAGAGGGAGGCCUUCGCAGAGAAGAAGGAGAACCUGUCCCGGGAGCUGGUCCAGACCACCAAAGACGCCCUGCGGCAGCAGGUGGCCGUCGCCCGCAGGAGGGAGGAGCUGGAGGCGGCCGACCGCAACAAGGAGGACGCCAGUACCCUCCUGGGCGAGCUGGACUUCCACCGGGCCAGGAUGGAGGCCAGCCUGAAGCGGCUGGCGGCGGCCCGGCGCCAGUGCGGCCAGCGGCUGGAGGCGGAGCUCCAGAGGCAGGAGGAGCUGCGGCGGGAGGAGGAGGCGCUGCAGAGGGAGCGGGACCGCGUGGCCCAGGCCUUCCUCCUGGCGGCCGGGAAUCUGGAGCAGCAGAUGGCCAACAUGGAGGCCAAGACGGAGGAGGUCCGGGCCGCCAAGCCCCUCAUCCUGGACGCCCUGGCCCAGGCGCUGAGCGUGUUCACGCAGCGGCAGGAGGAGGAGGGCGAGGCGAGGGCGGAGCACCGGCAGGUGCGCCGGCAGCUGGGGCGCUCCAAGCGGCGGCUGGAGGAGCGCGUCGCCUCCAUCGUCAAGCACGGCAAGGAGAUCAAAGAGAUGGAGCGGCAGGUGCAGGAGCUGCGGCAGGCCGACGCCAUCAACCGCCGCGUGUCCCAGAGGAACCAGGAGGAGGCCUGCGGGGACCUGGAGGCCGAGAAGAAGAGCGUCUGCCUCCUCCAGGAGGAGAAGAAGCGGCUGUGCCGGCUCCUGGAGGAGAGGAGGAGGACGCAGGAGGCGCACGCCGCCGACAUGAGCUCCCGGGUCAGCGCCACCAGGAGGCGCCACCAGGAGCUGCUGCGGGAGGAGGCGGCGCUGGGCCGGCGGGAGCCCCGCGGCGCCGGGGAGCUGGAGCUCCACCUGGCCCACGUGCCGCGGCUCUCUCCCGUGGCGCGGAUCUUCCAGGACGUGAACUCGGGCUCGCUGAGGCCGUCGCGGCUCAGCUGCUUGCAGGCGGAGUCCAGGCCCAGCGGCGAGGCGGCGAAGCGCCGGUACACGUCCUCCGCCGGCGCCGCGUUGAAGUCGCCGCAGACCAAGAUGGCGUCCGGGGGGCGGGGCCGCGCCGCCAGGUGGCGCAGCAGGUCGCAGCCCUGCGCGCUGCGCAGCCACUCCCAGCCCGCGCGCGCCUUCAGGUGCACCGACGCCACGGCCAGGGAGCGCCCGCUGUCACGGCAACGCAGCGUCGUCACCACGGCAACCUGA